UGUAGUAGCUGGAAAAGAAUGUUGCCAGUAGAUGAUUUAUGUAGAAGUUAUAAUAAAAGUUGAAGUCUAUAAUUAACGUUCCUGAUAUAUCUUUUGACAAGAGUUUGAGUUGACACGUCUCGAGCAAACAAAAUGGGCAUCACUGGGUUCUACGACUUCCUCGAAUCUCAGCCCGAAAUGGCUCGAAUGCGGCACCUGAAGGGCGGGGCCGACAUCGAGGAAAAUCUGGCGGGGAAGGUCGUUGGCAUCGACGUCAGCAUGUGGAUUAACCGCGACUAUCAGUCCACGCGCAUGUGGACGAGUGGAACGGAAGAGCAGAAGAAGCAGUUUCCAAUCUGGCAGAUGUUUAAUCGAGUGAAGAACUAUUUGGUCCACGCAGGCGCGAAGUCUGUGGUCGGAGUGUUCGAUGCUUCGAAGUCCACAGAGUCGAAGCUGGUGCGCGGCAACGUGACGAAAAACGGCCACCAUCUACGGCGCAACUUGUUCGGCCUGAAUAAGCAAGUGGAAACGGUGUUUACGCAGUUAGGACUGCAAGUGCUGCGCGCUCCGCCGGAAAUCGGAGAAGCGGACGCGUUGCUCGGUAUUCUGCAGAAGGAAGGGCUCGUCGACAUUGUGGACAGUGAUGACAGCGAUGUGUUUGCGUACGGGGGAAGGCAAUUGCUGAAAGAUGCGAAACCCAGUGCCGCCCUGGGAGACGCUGGUAACGAUUUGUGGACGGUAACUGACCCAAGCCUCCGCUGGGAGAUCGCUUGUUGUGCCGUACUCGCCGGGAGCGAUAUGAGCCACGGGGUGAAAGGAAUUGGUUUGAAGACCGCCUGCAAGGACCUGCGGAAUUUCUUGAGGGGCGCCGCCGCAACUUAUGAGUUCUGCAAACAAUUUCUUCAGCACUACCCCGCCAUUCCCGACAACGUUCGCGCCAACUUUAUUGAAGCGUUCGAAGAUUACGCGAUCGAAAGAAAACCACAGUUGCAGCAGUACCUGCAGACCCAGAAGGAGAAGCAGCAGCGUUCCCAGCACCUGUCGACCUGGGGCAGGGUUGAAGUGGACCGCUUGCGGAGGCUGCUGGAUGACCGGAAGGACAAACAGUUCGACAAAAACAUCCGCGCGAUCGUCUUCGAGCGCUACCUUCGCGGCCUGACGAUCCCAGCAGCGGCACCCCUGCCGUUCUACAAAAUUCAAAGAAUCCGCGAGAAGAAAAAGAACGGGGAGUGCUACCAAAUGCUGGCUGUGCUCGAUUUCGACUGCAAGACGCACUACAAUUGCCAGGCGAAAACGUGUCAGUGCCGGGAGGUGCUGCUGCGAAAAUCGCUGUUUGACUCCGCUGACUCAGCCCGGCGGACCGAUUUAACUGAAAACAAAGUGGGCGCCGCGUACUACGAUCGCGCUUUUGGCGGAAUCGGAUACCAUAUGGGCGGCGGCGGGGGCGGCGGUAGCAGCAGUUCGAGCAGCGCAGCAGUAGGGGCACAGACUAGCAGCGGCGCGCAUGGUGCCGGUUCCUCAUCUUCCGCUUUUUCUGCAGCGGUGGCAGCAGAUCGAGAACCUGCCAGUUCCGGCGUUGGUGAAGCCGCGGCACCGGGGGACGAGCAAAGCACCUAUUUCACCGGAAAACCAAAGUUCAUACAAGAUGACGACUUCCCGCUGCAGGGCGCGGUCGUUAAAUUCACCUGCAAGUCCGAACCACGCAGGAUUCUGGAGGAACACAAGGACUACAGCAAAUACGGCUGCACCAUCCCCGCCGGACCGCCCAACGCGUCGACGACAUACUUGGUAUGCGGUGAGGCGCCGCUCGAUGAUGGGCCGUUUGCCGGGAAGGAUUACACGUUCGGCACGAAGUACCGCGACGCACAGGAGCUGCGACAAAAACCCGGCUGCAAGUGGAUGCUGACGCGCGCGGGGCAACGAAUUGCGCUGCCCGUGCCGAUCCGAGAGCGAGAAUUCUUGCUUCUUAUGGAGCGGCAGAAGCGGAACGCGACGCGGGGAGCGGUCGGAGAGUUCAAGCGGAGCGCCGAGCAGGAGCAGGCACCAUGGGAGGAAGAGAAGGCCGCGCUGUUGAAGCCGGCAAGAAAGGCCAAGGCGCGGAACUCGGGACAGUCCGGUCGACGGCCCGGCGCCGGGAAAAGAGCAAUGGCGCAGCCGGCGGAAGUAGAGAGCGCUUUUGGUUCUUUCGCCGACGAAGGCCCAGAGGACAGUGGCGGGUUUGCAGCCGAAUUUCUGCAACGGGACAAUGAAAUCGAGCAAGAGCCAAGCCCGAAGCGACACAAGAUCAGCAGUCCGCCUAAACAAGAUGCCUCGUCUUCCGCGACGAACUCCCUGCUUGAUCGCCUUCGGAGGGCGCGAGACGAAGCCGCACGCAGAAGUGUACCAGCCGGAACUAGUACAGUACACCCCGGCACCGCAGGCGCAGCGCAAGCGGAGAUAAAGCCACCGCGUUCCGCCCUCGAUUCGCUUUUCAGUAUCGACAGAGUCGAUGUUCCAUCUUCCGGAGAAAGGAACGGUGUACCCUUCACCGCCGCGUCGUCGAGUAAAUCCGGUCCUGCUGCUGCUUCCUCUGCACCACCGAGGUCUUCUGUAAUCGAAGCCACAAGAACUACUGUCGGAGGCAAACUUCACUGCCAGUACGCACACGAAGUAGAGCAGCUUGCCGAAAUGGGAUUUAAGGACACCCAAAAGAGCGCAGCCGUCUUGGCCGAGGUAGCCGGGGAUCUGGACAAGGCUAUCGACAUACUGUCGGCGGCGUCACCGGCAUCUUCAAGUGCGGAUCCCGUCGGUAAUGGCGGUGUGUCACCGCCAUUGCUGGCUAUGGUUCGUCCCCCGCCAGCACCCGCUGCGGUCGCCCCGAGAGCACCAGCAAGAAUAGAAAGCCUCGAAAGUAGUACGAAGUACCGCGACCAGCUCCAGCAGCUCGAGAGCAUGGGUUUUGCGGAUCGGGAGAGGAGCACUGCCGCCCUGGACAGGUGUAAUGGAGACGUGACUGCGGCGAUUGGCCUCCUGCUCGGGUCAUAACCGUAAAAACGGGGGUACUAGAUCAUGAGCCUAGUGUGUGCUGUCCGCGCCCUACGAUGCUGUUGAGUUCGAGACUAGUAAAUUCCUCCUUCUCGCUUGGCAGAUUGAUAUGUGAUGUAGUAUGUACAGUGUCCUAGCCAUUCCCAAUGGUAUUCCAUCAUUUGAAUGCUGAAAUAAAGAAGAAAUAGAAAACGUGACAACAAGAGUUGUAGGAUGGCAGAUUUGUUUAUACUCGAUGCUGGAGCGUGUAUCGUCCUUGAGUAGGAGAAAAAGCCUUCCUCUGAACCAACUGGAAACGUAGUACAGUAAGUGCAACCUGAAUAUCAAUGGCGCAGCUGGUCUUCUGAGUAGAUAUAGAUUCGGAAAAGUUUCGCAGAAGCUGACCGGGGGGAGCGCUCUACUGCUACUACCAACCUAGUAGCGUG